GAGCUUUUGGUUUGUGGCGUUUGUGGCUUUUGCGGCAGACUGAAGUUUUGUUAGGUUUCUUGGCUGUGUGUAGGCCUGCUGCAGGUUCAUUUGCAAUGUCUGUCAAAGGAGGCUGUCAUCUCUUAGCCACAUUUUCAACCGGAUAAUCCCGAGUAGCCGUUUGGAAUACUGUACUCAGUGGGUUUUGUAGGCAAAGGAACAGACAGGACGGGGUGUUUCUGCCCCACUUGACCGGUGUCCUCUAGUGUUUUUUUUUUUUUUUUUUUUUUCUCUGGAGGUGUGCUGCAACGUAAGACUUUGUAACAAGCUGCCGGUGCGGCUGCAACUGGUCAAACUGUAUCUAGAUUGGGGACUGGAGACGCACACGUGUAUCCUCCUUCUUCCAGUCCUCCGGUUGCCGACGCAUUGUUUUAGCAGCAGUCACUGGAGUAAGAGUGCUGCCGAAAGGUUUUCUGUUUGGGAUUUUGUGCGAGAGUGCGAGAAAAAAACAUGUCGCUAAGCAGAAGUAUUGAGUUUGAGCAUUUCGAGGAGCGAGAAAAGACGCACCGGACACCAAAGGCCACUCCGGGCUCCGGGUCCCAGUCCGGGUCCAGAGGUAACGGGCUGGUCCCGAGCCCGGCGCACAGCGCGCACUGCAGCUUCUACCGCACGCGCACGCUCCAGUCCCUCACAUCCGAGAAGAAAGCCAAAAAAGUGCGCUUUUAUCGCAAUGGUGAUAAAUACUUCAAGGGUUUGGUGUAUGCCGUGUCCCACGACCGCUUCAGAUCCCUGGAUGCGCUGCUUAUGGAGCUCACCCGGUCCCUCUCGGACAACGUCAACCUUCCCCAGGGAGUCCGGACACUGUAUGCGGUGGAUGGAGGCAAGAAGAUAACGAGUCUGGAUGAGUUGGUAGAGGGUGAGAGCUAUGUGUGUGCCUCAAAUGAACCGUUCCGGCGUGUAGACUACACCAAGAACAUCAACCCCAACUGGUCAGUGGGUGGCAAGACUGGCACGUCACGCUCCCUCUCCUCUCUCAGCACACUAAAGAGCGAACUGCAGCGCGAGUCCAAGGACUUCAUCAAACCCAAGCUAGUCACUGUUAUCCGCAGCGGUGUCAAACCCCGCAAGGCAGUACGAAUCCUGCUCAACAAGAAGACGGCCCACUCCUUUGAGCAGGUGCUGACAGACAUCACUGACGCAAUCAAGCUGGACUCUGGCGCUGUGAAGAGACUGUAUACUCUGGAGGGCAAGCAGAUCACCUGUCUGCAGGAGUUCUUUGGGGAGGAUGACGUGUUCAUAGCAUGCGGCCCAGAGAAGUACCGCUAUGCCCAGGACGACUUUCUGUUGGAUCACAGUGGUAAGGCUUCCACAGCCUUUAUGACUGAAUGCAGAGUGCUGAAGACGUCGUACAGCCGCUCCGCGAAGAGCCCUGGACCUUCACGACGCAGCAAGUCCCCUGGUGGAGCAAGGCGACCUGUCCACUACUCCACGAGCCAGUCUCCAAUCAAAUCCCCAGUAAAUGGAGUCUCGAGCAGCCAGAUCUCAACCCCAAAGUCCACCAAGUCUUCCAGCCCGUCCCCCACCAGCCCCCGGAACAUGCACAGUUUUAAGAUCCCUCCUUCACAUCACAUCUCUGCCCCAAAUGUAAAUGGCUCGUCCAGCAACCACCAGGAGCAGACCAACCGCCUGAGCCCAGAGGUUAAUGGAAACCGCUGUCUGCCUGCCUCAACCAUCCUGGACAAAUAUAAGGUUGGAAAGGUCAUCGGAGAUGGAAACUUCGCUGUGGUAAAGGAGUGCGUGGAGAGGUUCACAGGAAAGGAGUAUGCACUGAAGAUCAUUGACAAGGCUAAGUGCAGUGGAAAGGAGCACCUGAUAGAGAAUGAGGUGGCAGUGCUGAGGAAGGUGAAACACCCCAACAUCAUCAUGCUGAUUGAGGAGGUGGACACGCCCUCUGAACUCUACCUGGUCAUGGAGCUGGUCAAGGGAGGGGAUUUAUUCGAUGCCAUUACCUCGUCUGCAAAGUACACGGAGAGGGACGCCAGCGCCAUGGUCUACAACCUCGCCGGAGCCCUCAAGUACCUGCACAGUAUGAACAUCGUCCACAGAGACAUUAAACCUGAGAACCUCCUGGUGUUUGAAUAUCCAGAUGGCACCAAAUCAUUGAAGCUGGGGGACUUUGGGCUGGCCACUGUGGUGGAGGGGCCCCUGUACACUGUAUGUGGAACCCCCACAUACGUGGCUCCAGAGAUCAUUGCUGAGUCCGGGUAUGGUCUGAAGGUGGAUAUCUGGGCUGCUGGUGUCAUCACAUACAUACUUCUGUGUGGCUUCCCUCCAUUUAGAAGUGAGAAUAAUCUACAAGAGGACUUGUUUGAUCAGAUCCUAGUGGGGCGGCUGGACUUUCCUAGUCCUUAUUGGGACAACAUCACAGACUCAGUCAAGGAGCUGAUUGGCAAGAUGCUGCAGGUCAAUGUUGAGGCUCGUUACACAGCACAAGACGUCCUCACCCACCCCUGGGUCACGGAGGAUGCAGCCAUGGAGAACAACAUGAAGAUGGAGGUGACAGGUAAACUGAAGACGCACUUUAAUACAGUGCCAAAGCACAACAACACCACAGCUGGGGUGUCAGUCAUUAUGAACACAGCUCUAGAUAAGGAGAGUCUCCAGCUCACCAGCCGUCGUUGCAAGGGGCCCCAAGCAGUGCCGCCUCCGCCGCCGUUGGCUGGCAAGAAAGUCCCACCUGCCCUUACAGUCAAAGCAGCCUCGCCAGCCAAGCCAGGGCCGGCUCCCAAGCCAGCUUCUCCAGCCAAAUCAUCAUCCCCGAACAAAGUAGCCUCACCCACCAAACGAGCAAAACCUGCCAAGCUGGCAUCGCCCACCAAGACUGCACCUCUUGAGGCAUCCAAAAGCCCAGGGACUGCUGAGCCCAAUGCUGCACCCACUUCCAAGUCUCCCAGCUCUCAGUCCAUGGCUGACAGUGAUUCUUUUCCUGCUAAGCUUGAUUUCAAUCCAUCUGCCUCAGCCCCUGUGAGUUCACUCCACUUCUCCCCUUCCCCCUCUGCCACUGCGCAAGCCUUCCCCGCUACCUCGUCCCCUCCUGAGAUCAGAACCUCACCUACAUCACCUUCAGCCCCUUCCCCUCUGGCCCACACCUCUCCACCUGAAACUCCCUCACCCUCUGCUCCUCCUGCUCUCCUGACUGGUACACCUUACACAGCUCCUUCCACCUCUAUCCCAAGCUCCUCCCCGUUGUCUACUGACAAACCUCCCCUGUCUGCAACCGAACCAGCUUCCGUUUCUCCUUCCUCUCCCACCAAACCAGCUUCUCCCACCAAACUAGCUUCCCUGUCUCCCUCUUCUCCCACCAAAACAGCGUCUCCCACCGAACCCCCUUCCCUUUCUACAUCCUCUCCCACAAAACCCACUUCUCCCACCAAACCCCCGUCCCUCUCUCCAUCCUCUCCCACAAAACCGGCCUCUCCCACCAAACAACCUUCCCCUUUUCCCUCGUCUCCUACCAAACUAUCUCCCGGUUCUCCCUCGUCUCCCACCAAACCAGCCUCCCCUUCUAGCUCCCUCUCCACCAAGCCAGAUACUCUCACCUUCCCAACCAAAGGCACCAGAGUUGCAAGCUUAUUCCUCUCUUGCUCCUCUCCAACCAAACAAAGUGCUUCCUCCCCUUGCUCUCCUUUCAAAGCACGCUCCGCCUCUCCUACCAAACAAGCGUCUUCCUCUCCCUCUUCUCCCAUCAAAGCAGCCUACCACUCUCUCUCCUCUCCCCUGCAGCCUACCAUGUUUCCCUCUCCUCCCUCUACACCCCCCCUUUGUGAAACCCCACCCUCUCCCGUUGGCCCGCCUGUCCCUCUUUCACCUAGUUUCUUACCUGCUGAUGUUGCUUUUGCUGGAGAGUUCUGAGGUGGAGAUGAUUUAGAUAGCUCGUCUCUUCUGAUAGAUGUGUUUCCCUGUACCCUCAGCAAAGCCUCAUUCCAUGUCUGUGUCAUUCCUGUACCUUGCCCACCUUUUUCUCAGCGUGACAUUUCAGAGGCUAGAGCAUUCCCAGUAGCUGUACCUGAGCCAGUGGCUGCUGUCUGUUUUUUUUUUUUUCCUCUCAUUAUUACUUCACUCAUUUUCUGACGAGGUUGCAAGGCAUUUUUGAUAACACUUGGUUGAUUGUAUAUAUGCUUGUAUUUAUUGAUGGGAGAUGUGGAGAAAGGGAAGAAUAUUGCUGUAUGUUCUGAGUGGUUGUCUUUGGAAGGCCAUGCAUAUUAUAUCAUGUUGAUGUGAAUUCUUUCUUCUUUUAUUUAUGAUCUCAUCUGGAUUGCCUGUGGCUAUUAUGUAAAUAGAUGUUUGUUACACUCACUCACACAUACACACACACACACACACACACACACACAAACACACACUUCUUUUCCCCUUGUGGUGUCUUUUUUUGCUUUGCAGUGAGACACAUUGUGUCCAUGUUAGCAAAUAUGUCAACAUAUCAAACGUCUGAACUUAGCUAGCCUAGUUACCUGUAGUGCUGUGGGACAGCUGCAGCCUUAGAUCCAUGUAUACUCUCUAUAACCAGUAUCAGUAUUUCUAUGGUCACAACCAACCCUAUCUCUGACUGUCUGUUUAAUUUAGUCUCCCCCAUAAAGGAAACAGUAUUACUGCAUACAGUAGGUGGACAAAAUAAAGAAAUACCUACCAACAUUUUUAUACGAAGUGUUAAAUAAGGAGUUGGGCAGCUCUUUGCCUUCAGAACAGCGUCAGUUCUCCUGGGGUUGCUGGACUUUGUAGUGGGACAUUGGACCAUGCCAUAGGCCAUAGGAUGCAUUUCUUUAAAGGCAUACUCCAACAUUUUUGGCAAAGUAAACUUUUACCAACUUACCCAGACUGAGACAAGAUGUAGGAUACCAUUUUCACCUCUGUGUGUCCAGUGGAUCAGUUCCUAUGGGUAGCAUUUUCUUAGCGUUGCAUAAAGAGUUGAAGUCUAAGGAAGUCAUAGACUAGUUCUGUCUUAUUUACACAGUGUGUCGUAUAUUUGAAAUACAUGUCUUGGAAUUACAGAAAAACUAAUUGUUUUAGGAGAAGUUACUUUGUGCUGGAUCUUCAUAUACCUUCAGCGGUGCACAGAUCACUGUGAUAGAUGGAAGGAUAAAUGUUGUUCAGCAGUUACAGAUCCAUCAUCUAACUUCUCCUGAGAUGACUCUCAUUUUAUAAGAAAAAAAAAAAAAAAAAUCCAAGACGUGUAUGACAAAUAAACAAUAUAUUAUUUUAUUUAUUUUUUUUUUUCACUUUGACGAUGCUUGGUUAAUGACUCCCAUAGACUUCAAGUCUUUCUACUAAGCUAACACAAAAUACUACUUAUAGGAAGCGAUCCACAGGAUGUACAGAGGUGAAGAUGGUAUCCAACAUCUUGUCUGAGUCUGGCUAAGUCACAAAAAGGGUAUUUCCCCCCAAAACGUUGGAGAAAUUUAUGUCACACUCUGCACCACACCCUUUGAGCACUUUGUGUUCACGUUCACUCUUAAAGACGUCUGUGAGGACAGUAAUAUUAGCAUGGUUACAGUAGUAUCUACAAUAUGCAAAAUAACAUGUCAUCAGAUCAGACCAUAGUAGUUUUUUUUUUUUUUUUUUUUUUUUUCACAUUUCCAAGGGUUUUUCGCUCCUUACAAGCAUUUUUAUGUACUGGAUACAUGUGGUUUCUAAAUGGCUAGGAUUCAGUUGUAUGGUUAUUUCUGAGGGUUUAGUGUUGUGGCAUCCUGUUCCUGUCAACAGGCUUUGAUAUUUUUUUUUUUUUUUUUUUUUUUUAUGGCCUCUGCUCCAUUUGGCCUGUGCAUUAUGUUUGUUUGUGUGGGGAUAGUUUUUGAAAUUGUCCCCAUUGCCACUUCAAAUGAUUUUGCAGGUUUGUGGUUGAUGUUCCAGCCAUUUAGGCUCUGAAUAUUUAGCUUUGUAAAGUUCUGGUAGUUGCUUCAUGAUGUUCUCAAAACUCACACAUAAAGGUGGUGGUUGUUUUUUUUAAAGCUUUGUUUUUUUCAAAGUGUGUCAUUUACUGGUGGUAUUUCUGUUAUUUUGUCCACCCCAGACCACUGACACACACGCACACAAACACACUCGCAUUCUUUGAUUGUAUAUAUUUUUUGGUGUGAACUCCAUAGAUGUAUAUAGUGGAAAAAAAACCUUAGUUAUCCAACUGAAACUUGAAGGUUUGUUUAAGUUGUUUUCUUGCCUGAGCCUACUUGUGAUCGACCAGCCAUGGCCCUUGUAGUCGUAACUGCUGUACACCAAAUUAGUGACGAUAAAUCCAACAGGCGAGGAACCAAAAUCGCAGGCCUGUGGUUUGCCUCACGACUGGUUUUUGCAAACACUAACUGCUUCUUGCAACGUUGGAAACACUGCAAAGACAAGGAAAUGGAUUGUGCACAUUAUGGUCUCAUAGCCUGUCAUAGUUUGUUUGAUUUUGCUGGACUACAGGCUGAUCGAAAUUACCGCGGUCAGUUCUGUUCUUUCAAAAUAACCCACAAAUGGUUGUUGAUCUGUUGGA